AUGGUAAAUAACCGUGGGAUAGAAGCUAACCCAGAGAAGAUAAAGGUCGUGCUCGAGAUGGAAGCACCCAAAACUCUUAAGCAACUCCAAUGCCUCAAUGGAAGGAUUGCACCUCUGAAUAGAUUCKUCUUGAGAUCAACAGAUAAGUGUCUUCCUUUCUUCAAAGUUCUAAGAAAGAAGGGACCAUUUGAAUGGAUGACAAAGUGCGAUCAAGCACUUGAACAAUUAAAGACCUAUCUCUGCUCGGCACCACUACUCGYCAAGCCCUUGCCGAAAGAUAAGCUCCACUUAUAUCUGGCGGUAUCCAAUAGCACCGUCAGCUCGGCCCUAAUCAAGCAAGAUGGAGUAUGCCAAAGUCCGGUUAAUUACACAAGUAAGGCCAUGACCGAGGCUGAUACCAGAAAUGUCAGGACGYCUGAUGAAGUGGGCAAUGGAAUUGAGCGAGUACGAUAUCCAUUUCGGGCCAGAACUGCGUUGAAGGGGCAAGCAGUCGCGAACUUCAUCGCGGAGCUCACCCUGCCAUCUCUGUCUGCCGAGUCCGACCUCCCAUGGACGAUCWAUGUAGACGAAUCCUCCAAUGAGAAAGGGUGUGGAGCGGGAAUCCUCUUGCUCGCACCRGAUGGCAUGCAGUUCGAGUAUGCCCUACGUUUCAAUUUUCGGACUUCAAACAACGAGGCCGAGUACGAAGCACUUCUUGCAGGACUCCGUGUUGCCAAAGGACUGAGGGCCACCCACAUCAAGGUCUUUAGCAACUCCCAGUUAGUGGUAAAUCAAAUGAAUGAGGAGUAUCAAACAAAAAACUCCCAGAUGGAAAAGUAUUUAAGUAAAGUCAGAUCGCACCUCACCCAGUUUAAAACUUACGAGGUGAAUCAAGUUUCGAGAUCGGAGAAUUCAAACGCAGAUGACUUGGCCAAAUUGGCGUCGGCAUAUGAGACCGAUCUAGCCAGAACGGUCCCGGUCGAGAUCUUGGAUAAUCCUUCGACUUUGGAGCCAGACAUGAUGGACAUCGACACAUCAGUACCCACAUGGACGGAUCCAAUCAUGGAGUUCAUUAAAGAAAACCCACCGCAAGACUUGAAAGAACAUAAGAAAAUGGCGCGAAGAGCAGCCCGGUUCAUACUCCGAGAUGGAGCAUUGUACCGGCGAGGGUUCUCCCUGACUCUCCUUAAGUGUGUAACUCCUGAAGAGGGGAAUUACAUCCUCAGAGAAAUUCACGAAGAAGUAUGUGGCAACCAUUCAGAAGCCAGGUCGUUAUCGGUCAAGGUGGUCCGACAAGGAUAUUAUUGGCCCACUGUCGAUCAAGAUGCCAGGCAGUUUGUGAAAACUUGCGACAAUUGCCAGCGCUUCGCGAACAUUAUUCAUUAG